CAUACAGCAUCCUUAGCAUGUCACCAGUUGCAACCUUAAGCAUUUCAUUUCAUUACAACAGCUUUCGCCCUUGACUCACAGAAGACGGCACUGCUCUCUGUAAACUAAAGAAUCAAGAUGAGUGGGAGCAGCGACCGCACCAAGCCUGUGACCUGCACCAUCAAACCUCCAGUCAACCUGCAGAUUGGAGACACCAAAACAGACUCGCCUCGGUCCGGUGUCGCUGUUGUAGACAUCACACUCCCCUUCGGAAAAACUGUAAAUAUUGAGGAUAUUACCUUUAAAAACUACUACACAGCCUUUUUGACUGUGCGGGUGUUGAGGAGGAUCCCAGGACAAGAGGCCCCUGCUAAGUGGUGCACUGCACUGAGAGAUCUGGUUCUGAUGGACAACCCACACACCGAGGGAGGAUCCCAGGACUACUACUCCAUACACAGGACACAGAUGCAGGUGGAGCCAGACCAUGUGGUGUCUGUGAGACUGAUCCUGAGACAGCCGUCUUCUGCCUGGCUGACCUUCAACCUUGAAGAAAUAAAGAUACACCCUCAUGUGGAGCCGAGCCCAGAGAGAGAGGUCUCGGAUUGGCUGUCUGACCUGACCCUUGUUGACCAACACCCUGACCUGGAGGGUCUCCCAGACCCCCAGACUGUAUCAUCCAGCAUCCAGCAGAUGUGGGCUCUAACUGAGGUGAUGCAGACCAACCAGACCACCGCCUCCAUCGGACGCUUUGACGUGGAUGGCUGCUACGACAUCAACCUGCUGUCCUUGACUUAACAUGGGCUGAUUCUACGCACAUGGACCUGACUCUUUGGGCACCAGUGGACUGCAAUAUACAUGUACAGAGAAGCCAUGAUAUCCAUCUAAAAAAAUGUGAUACAGACAGGCAUGGACACAGCCGCUAAGAACAAGGAAAACAAGAUUCCCAGACAGCAUGGUCGUCCACAGAACACAGUGGCAAUUUAACAAUGACACUGAAUGGCAGUCAGAUGACUGCUGAUGAUGACAGCUUCACCAGUGGCCAAUUAGAGAACUGUCACCUCAUGACUCAUGACUCAUGUUUUCACUUACUGGCAAAGCUGCAAAGUCAAACAUUGCUACAGUAUUUAUUUAAGCUUAUACUUAUAUGCGGUGAGAUUAGGUUUUGUUUUUAAUAGCUUUAGAGGGCAAAAAAAUGACAGAUUCUGGCUUUGCAGCUUGCCCAGAAAAUAUCAACUGCACUUAAGCCUUGGAUGAUGCAGAUUUUACUUGACAAAGCUAAACUUUAUAAUUACUCAGCAAUACUACUCAAAAGUUCUGUUUACUGUCUGCCUUUGUAUUGAAUAAAAGUUUGUUGCCUAGUAACAUUA